GGAACGUCAUCACUGUAAAUAGUCCAGUCCUGAAGUGAAUGUCUUCCUCUGCGCACUGCGGUUUUUCCCAGGAAAUUCCUUAAAAAAAAAUCCAAGAUAUCGAAAGAAACCUGAAAUCAGGUGUCAUCAAGACAAUCAGCAACACCAUGGCAUCGCCUGUAUUAAAUCCUGAUGUUCCUUACGUGGGAGAAGUGGGGGGUCUUGCCCCUGGGAAGAUGGUGAAGAUCCAGGGGAAAAUUCCUUCGAAUGCAGUUCGCUUUGCUAUUAAUUAUCAAUUGGGCCCCAAUCUAAAUCCAAGGGAUGACAUUGCGAUCCACUUGUCUCCUCGAUUCAGUGAUGGUUUUAUCACUCGAAAUCACAUUCAGUCGAUGUCCUGGGGUCCUGAGGAGAACGGUGGACCCCUGGUGCUUCAGCCUGGUCAGGAUUUCGAGGUGAUUCUACUCUGUGAACCACUGCAGUACAAAAUUGCAAUCAAUGGACGUCACUUCGCGGAGUUCGGGCAUCGUCUGCCUUAUCAGAAAGUCACCCACCUCGUAAUCGAUGGUGACGUCGAGAUCACGAGUAUUUCUUACGAGAAUAUUGGGGCCCCCAGGUCCCCUAGGAUGGCCAGUGCCGGUGACGUACCUGCUGCUGACUUUGGACCACCCGGUCCUGGAGGACUUUAUCCCACCCUGAACCCUCAGGCUCCAUCAGCACCUCAGGGAGGUUAUGGACCUCCCCCUGGAGGGUAUGGUCCCCCAGGGGGUGGUUAUAAUCCUCCCAAGCCGUACGGCUAUCAACCGGGAUACGAGAAAGCUGAGGAGGAGGAGGCAUUCGGUGGCUGUUUGGAUAAAGUAGGACUGGCUAUUGGUGGAUUGGUCGCUGCUGGAGGUGUUGCUGCUGCUGUCCAUGCCUACAACAAGAGGAAGGAGCACGACAAAGAGACAGAUCAUGAGAAAGUCCAGGGCUCAAAGACAGAGAGUGAAGGUGGUGGAUUAAAUCUUGGAGCCCUGGGAUCAGCCCUGGCCAGCAGUCUAGUCUCCAAUGCUCUGUCUGGGGACAACAGACACCAACCUGGUUAUCCACCCCAAGGAGGUGGUGACAUGAUGGGAUCAAUUCUUGGAGCACUCGGUGGUGGCUCUCGCAGCCCCAAUUAUCCACCUCCUCAACAGCCCAAUGAUCCUCUGGGAGGACUUGGAUCGAUUCUGGGGGGUGUUCUUGGAGGCGGCGGUGGUAAUCAGCAACCAGGUUAUCAGCCCAGUGGGGGUUACACACAAUCUGGUGGAUACAAUCAGGGUUCAGGCAGCUCUGAUCUUCUCAGUGGCAUUGGCACCGCUCUCUUCAGCUCUGCACUCGAUAGUCUCAGCAAACGAAAUUCCCAUGGUGACGAGCGUCAGUUCUCCCCGCAGCCGCCACCUCAUUAUUCCCAGAAUUAUGGGCCACCGAGGAAUGAUCCACCACCUCCACCCAAACCAUCAACUCCGCCACCUCCAGGUGGUGGUAAAUUGAGUGCUGCUGAUAUUUCCAGGGGAUUGGGACUCGGUGACGAUGAGGAUUAAAUUCCAGACGCUUUUAAUGUUAUUAAUUCAAAUCUGACAAAAUUUUACUCGACGAAUUGAGAUAAUUGAGAGCCUAAUUGCAUAAUUAUGGAGGAAUUCAGCACAAAUGCUCGUGGAAUAUUUUUGAAUCCUUAGGCUUUAAUUAAGGAGCACAAAUUAAUCGACUCCACUGUGAAAAUAAAUUAUAUUCGCUUGAUGGAGCGGUAGAUCUGAUCGCCAGUAAUUACUCCGACUUAUAUUUUUAUAAAUAUUUUUGUGGCCUUAAGACAGCAUCAAGCAUAUGAGAUUGUUGUUAAUAUAUAGUUUAUUUCGAAUAGUUAAGCGCAACGAGUGGAUAAAGUUCAAAAUGUCGCACAAACAGAGGAAUGAAAAAUAAAUUGAUAAUUAGUCCUUGAUGGAUUAAUUUUCAUGGAUGAA